AUGACAGCCCUCUCUCAGAUCGAGCGCCCUUCUAUCGACCGCCUGUCUUCUGCUUCUUGCAGAACCGGGGACUUCUUCAAGAGCCACGUGGACACCCCGCGCCGCGAAGACAUGUUUGGCUCGCUGGUGGUGUGCCUGCCGUUUGAGCACGAAGGGGGGGAGCUGCACAUCCGCCACGGCAGCGUGACGUCAGUCAUUGACUGGAGCAGCAAGUCGGGAAGCGCCAUCCAGUGGGUCGCGCUCUACUCCGACUGUGAACACGAAGUCAAAGAGGUGACGCGCAACUAUCGCGUCACGCUGACGUACAAUCUCUACGCGGACAUCAAUUCCCCCAAACCCGAGAGGCCGUUUGGAACAUCGUCGGAUGUGCGCCACGUGCCCCUGUACCAGACACUCGUAGAUGCGCUCGGCCAGCAGAGCUUUAUGUACGACGGUGGCCGGCUCGGCUUCAUGUGCCAGCACCGCUACCCGCAUACGAGCCACGCCUUUGCCGAGCGCCCCGCGCCGCUCCUGAAGGGCGCGGACGCCGUCCUGUUUGCGGUCGCGAAGGCGCUCGGUUUGCACGUCCGAUUCGUACACCUGUACAAGCUGGAGGCCGGGUCGAACGAAGAGGAAGACAAGAUGGCACCCCUCUCAGUUUCCGGACCGGAUUUUGACGAUCAUGACGUGCCAAGAAAGGAAGUCGUCCGAGCUGAUGAUCCGCACUUCCAAGCGGACGGCUUCAAACCCGUCAGCGAGAUGAGCGGGGCGGUGACGCGGGAGCGGUUCACCCAAGGACACGUUGGCCCGAGUUACGACGACCGUGCUCUGGUAGACGUCCUGACGCCACUGACCGGAGUCAACUACGUUGAGAGCUGGACGAAUCUGUGCAAGACGAGCGAGUUCAGAAGGUGCUUUACUUCGAUGGAAAUGGAGCGCCAGAAGGACAUCCACUGGUGUAUUGGCGACACCCGAUUCUGGGACGUUGGCAGAUUUACGCCGGCAUAUGGAAACGAGUGCUGUGUCAACUACUUCUACUGCGCGGCGGCCAUGCUUGUUUCCGUUCCCAAGUGGGGCCAGGAUCGCCAACAGGCCUUUGAGAGGUUCCGAUGA